UCCACAAACUUGCAUUCAAGCACCACUCCUCGUACUAUUACAAUGGCUUUCAGGAUAGUUAAUUUCAAUGAUCCAAUUUUCUCAGGUCUCCAUGACAUGUUCGAUGUAUCUGAUCAUGAUAUUGAAAAAUCAGUGAACACACCGUCAAAGAAGUAUGAAAGGGAUGCCAAAGCAAUGUCAGCAACACCAGCUGAUAUUAAGGAGUACCCAGAUUCAUAUGGGUUUGUACUUGAUAUGCCAGGAUUAAAAUCAGAGGAAAUCAAAGUUCAAAUUGAAGAUAAUAAUUUUCUUGUAGUGACAGGGAUGCGCCAAAGGGAAGACGAGAAGGAGAAAGAGGUUAAAUAUGUGAGGAUGGAAAGAAGAAUUGGGAAAUUUAUGAGGAAAUUCAUACUGCCUGAAAAUGCUAAUCUUGACGCAAUUCCAGCUGUUUGUGUAGAUGGCGUUCUUACCAUUACUGUUCAGAAAUUGCCUCCACCCGAACCGAAGAAACCUAGGACUAUUCCGGUUCAAAUUGGAUAAGGAUAUAUUGUGUGAUGCACUAAGGACAUGUCUGUUCCAAAUAAAUGCAUCUUUUAGUGUCGUGGAUGGUAGAUUUGAUUGUCGAAUGCCUUCUUCUUCUUCUUUCGUGUGUGCGUCUGUCAUGUUCUUUUUGAAAUUGCUUGAAAAGGAAUAAAA